GUAAUAAGGUCCUCAAUAUUUGAAAAAGACAUCAUUAGAUAAAACUAGAUACGAAGCAAAAAAAAAUAAAAUAGAAAAUUGUUUUAUUUAAAAUAUAUUAAUUUUGUGAUUAUUUAAUGUGAUGUUUUUAUAAUAUUAAUCAUGUUUUCUUUUUUAGGAACAAGAAAAAUGGCAGAAAGAAAAGUUCCAUUCUAUAAAGAAGUAAGUGGAAUGAAAAUACCAGGAGCUUUUUCAGAAGAAGCUUGCUUAUCCGCUAUUAAUUAUAAACCAAAACCCAACGAUCUGUUUAUAGUUACGUACCCAAAAUGUGGAACUACGUGGAUGCAACACAUCGUCAUGCUAAUUCUAAGAAAAGGAAAACCGUUCGAAAAUGCUUUGGAUUUUUUUAUAAACACGCCGUUUCUCGAAAGGUCAGGUGCCGAUGUUGUAGAUCUCAUGACGUCAAAAGGAGCAUUGAAGUUGCAUUUACCUUUUCACUUAACGCCAUUUUAUCCACACGCUAAAUAUAUUUACGUUGCUAGAAAUCCCAAAGAUUGUUGCGUGUCCUUUUACAAUCAUACAAAAGAAUUUGCAUUUUAUUUUUAUAAAGAUGCGACAUUCGAUGAUUUCUUUGAAAUCUUUGUGAGAGGCGAAGUGGAAUUUGGCGAUUAUUUCGAUCAUUUAAUUCCCUGGUAUGAACACAGAAACGACGAAAAUGUUUACUUCACGACGUACGAAAAAGUAAAACGAAAUACGAAAGAAGAAGUUCUGAAUAUCGUAAAAUUUCUAGGCGAAGAAUACGAAAGAGAUUUGAAAGAAAACCCGAAAAUUUUAGAUGAUGUUCUACAUUACAGUAGUUUCGAGUACAUGAAGAAGCACGUUAAUGAGUAUUACGCAACAAUGAGUGGUUACAUAAGAGAAAAUCCUGAUAAAGUAUCUUCUGGGUGGAAACAUAUUGCCGAAUUCUCGAAAAGUGUGUUAAAUAUGCCAGCUAGUAAAGCGGGUAAUGACAAAUUCGUUAGAAAAGGUAUAAUAGGAGAUUGGCGUAACUACUUCAGUAAGGAACAGGAGGAGAGAUUAGAAGAAAGAAUUAAAGAAAAGACUAAAGGAAGCGAUGUAAUGAAAUUGUGGGAUUAGUCAUAAAAACCGAAUAUAAAUAAAAAAAAAAUAUAAUGAUUAUAAGUAGUAAAUAAAUAAAGGUUAUGAAAAAAUGUUGUUGAAAUCUGUAAAUCUUAUUUUUAUUGUCUUAUUCUAUAUUACCUUGACAAAUGUGCUGUGUCCUUGUUUCCAAGAUAUUUUAAUUACUAUAAUUUGUUACUAAUUGUCUUUGAGUUAUCUGUAACAAAUAGCUAGUUAUACAUUGCCUUCGGGUUAUAGCCAGUGUGUAAGAGGUUGCAGUGUAUGCGAUGAUGCUGGUAGACUAAUCUUUCGAUUUUAAGUUGUAAUUAUGAAUUACUCACGAAAAGUUUUCUUUGUAUAAACUAACUAAAGAUGUGUUGAGAAAACACGAAAAACCCUUCGGGUAUUGGAUACAUAUUCAUUCUUCGUUCUAAUUUUUAAAAAUUAUUAAAUUGCCAUUUCUUUGAUUUUAUCUUUGAUAAUUUUCAAAAUUAACGGGGUAAAG